GUCCCGCCCACGCCCAGGGGAAGCCAUGGCUGGAGCGGCCGGAAGGCUGGCGCGGCGGUGGUGCUCGGUCGCUCUCAGCAGGUUCACUGCGGGCAUAAUAAUGAUUUCACAAGCCAGUAGCAUGCAGGAUAAUGCCUCUUCAUGAGCCAGUAAAGAGUUUUGACUUUGCCAUCCAAGAGCUGAUGCCCAGCUGCCAGCCCCCAAAUACAAGUCCCUUGAUGCUGGAGCAGUUUGCUGGUGUGGCCAGGCAGGCUGAUGCUUCGGUGGCUGCUACGUGGCUUUCACCACUGCUGAUUGAAGAGUCCCCUUUACCACGGCAGGACCUAGUGCCCCAAGGUCUUGGAGAGCUAUUUGGAUCGGCAGAGGGGAGCCUUGCCCAGACUGAAACUCUCAGACGGUCCUCAUAAACUCUGGGGAUUUAUAGCAGAUGAUAUAGUCACUUCAUCUGCUCUUAUCGAUACGUCCCCUGCAGGACCCCUCAGACGCUGAGCUCCGAGUGACUACCAACCAGGAAGAUGAGAUGUCAACCUGACACAGCUCACAUCAUUCUUACGACAAAACCACUUCACUUCUAAAAACAACUUUUUGGGUCUCUGCUUUCACUUCAGUUGUACGCAAGUGGCGCAGCACUCCAGCUCUCCUCCAUCCCACAGGCCUCUACUGACUUCCUGCCUGUGGCACAAUCCCACGGCUCCCCGGCUUCUGGCUGCUUUUUCUCUGUUUAAUUUGAAGGCUACAUUACUUCCGUUAGCUUCUGUACUGAUUUCUUAUCUCGGGACAGUUUUGGAAACCACUAACCAUUCACAGCCAGGUGGCUGGGGACGUAUAGGGAAACUGUUUCUGGAGAAACGUAGCAUUUUGGCGUGUAAGGGCUGGGAAUGGUGAGCAGUCAGCCUGCCUGUUUGCAGUCCUCUGCAGGUCACUCGUUUCCCGGCACUUCAGCUGCACUUGUGUGGCCCAGCAAUGAGAGCCAGCCAGAAGGACUUUGAAAACGCCAUGAAUCAGGUGAAACUCCUGAAGAAGGAUCCAGGAAAUGAAGUGAAGCUAAAACUCUAUGCACUGUAUAAGCAGGCCACUGAAGGACCUUGUAAUGUGCCCAAACCAGGUGUGCUUGACUUUAUCAAUAAGGCCAAGUGGGAUGCUUGGAAUGCUCUUGGCAGUCUGCCCAAGGAAACCGCCAGGCAGAACUACGUGGACUUGGUGUCCAGUUUGAGUGCUUCAUCUGAGUCCUCCAGCCAGGUGACACCUGCAGCAGACAGGAAGCAACCAGGAAGUGACGCCCUGGUGGUGACCUCCCAAGAUGGCAUCACAACCAUCACAUUGAACCGGCCCGACAAAAAAAAUGCACUCACCACUCAGAUGUAUCACGACAUCAUGGUUGCACUUGAGGCUGCAAGCAAGGAUGAUUCAGCCAUAACUGUUUUAACAGGCAAUGGGGACUACUACUGUAGUGGGAAUGACCUGACCAACUUCACGGAUAUCCCCCCUGGUGGAGUGGAGGAGAAAGCCAGAAGCGGGGCCGUUUUGCUGAGGGAUUUUGUCGACUGUUUUAUAGAUUUUCCGAAGCCCCUGGUUGCAGUGGUAAACGGACCAGCUGUGGGAAUCUCCGUCACCAUUCUCGGGCUAUUUGAUAUCGUGUAUGCGACCGACAGGGCAACAUUUCAUACUCCAUUCAGUCAGCUAGGCCAGAGUCCAGAAGGAUGCUCCUCUUACACUUUUCCGAAGAUAAUGGGCCCAAGCAAGGCAACAGAGAUGCUCGUUUUUGGGAAGAAGUUGACAGCCCGGGAAGCAUGUACCCAAGGACUUGUUACUGAAGUCUUUCCCGACAGCACUUUUCAGAACGAAGUUCGGGUCAGGCUGGAAGCAUAUGCAAAGCUCCCCCCAAACGCCAUGAAAAUUUCAAAACAGGUCAUCAGAAAUAGGGAGAAAGAAAAGUUACACGCGAUUAAUGCUGAAGAAAGCAGUAUCCUGCAGGAGAGGUGGCUGUCAGAUGAGUGCAUGAAUGCCAUUGUGAACUUCCUGUCCAAAAAAGCGAAUCUGUGAUGACCAUCACAUCAAAGCUAAACGUUCCCAAGGAAGGGAUGUGCUACUAUUUCUGCUUUCCAAUUCCUGAACUAAGUAAACCUUGCUGUGCCUUUUUUCAGUGCUAAAAUACCAGUUAUGAUAAUUAUACUUCACUAGAGCCCUGAUGAAAAACAAAUGAUGUGAAACCAGCUUUGAGAAUUUAUGUAGGUUUUUGGUAGUGGGGAGUCUUACGUCUUUCGCUAUGAAUCGCUGUUGCCAGGCACACUGAAACGUUGUUCCCGGCGUCCUGCUCUGAAAGGCAUUCACAGCAUUGCAGGCUGAGACCAUGUGUUCGAAAACCACUACUGCACUUUGCCGUCCACACAGGCUCACUGACUUGAUUGGCCCAAACACCGACAGUCUCUGGAUGACCGAGUCAAGAUCUUCAGUGGGUCGCAUGUUCUUUUUCAGCCAUCUGGCAGGGGGAGCAAACAGAAGGAGCAGUGUUAACUAGAGGAUAAAUUAGAAUCUUAGUUUCAUCCUCGCCCCCAUAAUUUGAUAAAAAGGGAUGAAGGGAUUGGAUUGUUUCAUUGGAAAGUGAUGUUCUGUAUCAGUGAUUAUUUCCUCAUUUAUCGUAUAGUCUUCAUUCUCAUUUAAUGUGGUACUUUAUAAAAAGCACACCUGAAAGCUG